GGAUUCCGUUAGAAACGCCUUUCCUAGGAGGCCCGAGUUACUAGAAUGUUCAUUUAUCCUUGUGGUUGAGGUGGUCUGAGUUGCGGCUUUACUGGGUGUGGCGCAUUUGGACUCUUGAACCCCAGCCAGGGAAGAAAACCCCGUCGGGUGCCUGCCUCCCCCGAGGCUGCGGGGUUCCUCCCUUCUGUGCCAGACCAUCGGGGGAGAUAGUGCCGGCAGCUGCGGGGAAGCAGAGCUGCCGCCCGCCGCCCGCCAUGGCUUCGGGGGCGCCCGGGGAGCGGCUGUGCCAGGAGGCCAGGUGCCCGGUGUGCCUGGAUUUCCUGCAGAGCCCGGUCAGCGUGGACUGCGGCCACAGCUUCUGCCGCAGGUGCAUCUCCGAGUUCUGCGACAAGGCCAGCAGCACGCAGGGGGGCCUCUACGCCUGUCCGCAGUGCCGGGGGCCCUUCAGGCUGGAGACCUUCCGGCCCAACAGGCAGCUGGCCAGCCUGGUGGACAGCGUGCGGCAGCUCGGGCUGGGCCUGGGGACCGCGGGGACGCGCCAGUGCCCGCGGCACGGCGAGGAGCUGAACCGCUUCUGCGAGGAGGAUCAGGAGAUCCUGUGCUGGGUGUGCGACACCACCCCCGAGCACAGGAGCCACCACACUGUGCCGCUGCAGGAGGCCGCCAGGUGCUACCAGGUGAGGGCCGCUGCGCGCACGCGGAGGGCUGCGGUUCCCCGGGGCCGGCGGUGUCAUUCGGGAACAGGGGGGGCCGACCGAGGCAGAGGUCUUCAGAGUGCCUCGCCAGGGACAGAGCCAAGUGGCACCACCGGUGUGGGAGGAGCCCUGAGCCGAAGCAAGAGUGUCCCACAGCUGGAACCGGAGCCCAUCCCUGUGGGGCUGAAGACAAUGUGCUGCAUCCCUGGGAUGAGGGAGAUGCUGAGGAAGUUCCAAGUACCAGGUGUGGGAGGAGCCCUGAGCCGAAGUAAGAGUGUCCCACGGCUGGAACCAGAGCCCAUCCCCGUGGGGCUGAAGACAAUGUGCUGCAUUCCUGGGAUGAGGGAGAUGCUGAGGAAGUUCCAAGUUCGGAGGCCUGACUCACAUCUGCUUGUGUUUCUCUUUCACUUUCAGGGUGUGGGAGGAGCCCUGAGCCGAAGUAAGAGUGUCCCACGGCUGGAACCGGAGCCCAUCCCCGUGGGGCUGAAGACAAUGUGCUGCAUCCCUGGGAUGAGGGAGAUGCUGAGGAAGUUCCAAGUUGACAUAAAACUGGAUCCUGCCACAGCACAUCCGAGCCUCCUCUUGACCGCAGACCUGCACAGCGUGCAGGAUGGAGAACUGUGGAGGGAUGUCCCCAACAACCCCGAGCGAUUUGACACAUGGCCCUGCAUCCUGGGUUUGCAGAACUUCUCAUCGGGGAGACAUUAUUGGGAAGUCGUGGUGGGAGAAAGAGCAGAAUGGGGGUUAGGUGUCUGU